CGUGCUUUAGUGCCCACUAACAGAAUAGUGAGUUAUCGAGUCUGUAAGCGAUGUAAAUCACAACGAAAGUCCCUAUUUUGUUUUCCUUUUCUUGGGAAAGUCACAGAGAUCAGUUCCUUGGGAUUUUCGCCCCAUUCAGGUUCAGCUUUGGUGAAUAAUACCGCCACUCGUUGCCCAGGAUGGGUGACAGUGUUACUGCACGACAUAGAGCAAUACCGGAUGAUAAAGUAAGUGUUUUUCGAAUUUUUCGUCCCUGAUCGUGGGUUAACUUACUUAGAUGUAAUUAUUCGUCCAUUUUUUUAGUUGAAAAGAUCAUAUUUGGCUUAUAUGGGUAAAUCUAGCAACUUUCCUGAACUGUAAUCUUGCUGAAGGAUCAUUAGCGCAGGAACAAUAAACCCCGAGUGUUUACUUCAAGAAGAUCGAUCAAUAGAAUUAUUUAUUGAAAUCCUGGGUUAGGAACGACUUUUAUCGAGACUGUCUCGACCACAAAAUGAGACCUUUAUUACAAAAGUUUGUCUCCAAGUAAGCGACACAGUUUUCAUCUCCCACACAUAAUACACACACGUGUAAACGAUGACUUCAGUAUAAUGAAAAUGUUGGCAAUUUUUGAUACAAAAGUAUUUUGAGAUUCUAUAGGAGUUGUCACUACGCAAAGAUUGUCUCUUUAACAAUUCACUGACAAAGAAAAAUCGGUUAGUUGGUGACCUUCAAUCUUAAUUUGUUUAGGGGAGUUCUUUAAAGCAAUUUUAUGGGACGCAGUCCCUGGUGUUUGUCAAAUUGUUCAGUCAUAUAGAUGAGCUUAUGAUUCGUGGCAAAUUGCUUCAUUUGUUCGACUACGUUCACAAGGACAAAUAAUAACUAUAUGUUAAAGAAACUGGAAUUUUUCGUACGUGUUCAUGAUCAUGUUCGAGACAGGAAAAUCUUAGCGACCCUGUUAAGUGCGCGCCAAUUCUUCCGUCGAAAUAAAAGACAGAGACAAAUGUCAAAACAGAGUUUGACUAUUAGUAUUUUGUGGUGCGUGUUUUUAUAUUUUUGACAGCUCUCAGAUCAAAAUUACACGACAUGUAGUAGCUAGAUGUCGCCCCUUUUAUUAAAUUUGAAUAUACACCAUUUCUGUUCUAAUGACAAUGAAAUAUAGCAUCAACGACUGCAUAAUUUUAGGCAUGAAGGUCGAGAAGUCUUCAAUUGGAUUGAAAACUUAUGUAAUGUUUGCCAUUAGUAUUCGAUCAGUUUAUCCUUGUGAUGCUCGUGUUGAAGCCUUAAAAAGGAAGUAUUCUAUGAUUGGGAGCUAAAUUCUAGAUCUUUUAUAUAUUGUUUACAAACAAAAUUAUAAGCAAUAAAGUAGGUUAUACCUAAAAUGCUCGCUGUUUUGUGAUGGUUUCUAAUUUUUAUCAAAACCAACGAGUAUAUCUUCUAUAAUUUUUCUUGCUUCCGUUUCUUAGGAGGUUUUUUAUAUUUCCAUGUCACAAAUUUAGAAGCAAAUUCACCUAACAAGUCUGAUUUUUUAAAAUUGUAAAGACCAUCUGAAUUUUAAAUUAAUUCAUUUACCCCUUAAGCAAUUAUUUUUUGUAGUUAAAUUUGUGUAUUGUUUUGGUAAUGUUGAAUGCAUUGGGUAGCUAAUGAGACCUAUUUUAUUGAAUUCAUGAUCACGUAUUACAGCACCAAGUGAUUUUCAAAUUUGUUCAUUCUUAAUAAUAAAAAUUUUCUUGAAUGAGCAGUUUUUAUUUUGAUGUUAAGGCAGUUAGGUUUCAUCAUAAUGAAGAUUAUCCUCUUCUGACUUUGUUUAAACUUGCCAAAUAGUCUAGAAAUACAGGUCUCUGCAUGGUGUAGGCAAAUUUUUUAAAAUACUUUUGUUUUUCCCUCAAUGACCUUUGCACCCAAUUUUUUCUGUUCUUUAGCAUUUUGUUUUAUUGACAUGACUGUUUCUCUGAUGAAGAAAAAGAACAAAGAAAACUGUGUCUCUCUGUGCUCUUGGUAAUAUUGAGCUGUCAGAUGCACUACUGUAGAAAGACUAGUUGUGACAAAAUUGGAUCUGUGUUAUGUCUGUGAUCAGGUUUCAUCUGUGGCAGUUAAAUAUGUUACACACUAAGAUGUGACUUUUAUUUGGAUUUUGAUUAUGGAUAGAGUCUUUUAUUCUCAGAAUUUAAUAAACCACAAGCUCAAGAGGGCUUUUAAAGCAAACUGAGAUUUAACUUUUGCAGUUUAAGAUAUGCCAAAUUUGUGAAAACAUAUUCUUGAAUGGAGCUCCAGAUCUUGGCAUUGCUGGUAUGCUUCCAGUCAAGUCUCAAGUGCUUCUUUGGAGACAAAUAAAUUGAUAAGAUAUGAAAAAUCCUUGGAAGAACUACUUUUAGUGAGACAGAGUUUACUCAGUGCAUUACAUUUUAUAUGUAGAGAUUGCAGGGAAACUCUUUUCGGGUACUUAUAUUCAUGGAGGCUGAAUUGCACAUUUGGAUAGCCAUUAUUUUUUUCUCAGUUUAAAGAUCAUUUUAAAAGAAAUAUGUAUAUGAAAUUAUAAAUGCAGAAAACCAAACGGCUCAAAGUUAUGUCCUUGGAAAGUUGUGUUUCUGGAACAGUUUUUGCAGAAAAAAUGCAAACAUGAUACAUUUACUGUUCUGCAGUAGUCUUCCAAAGGACAAUCUUGUUGACAGGUGGAUCAAAUAAAACCUUGUAAUCUGCAAUGUGAUAUCCUCUUUGAUCAUGACAGCAGAGAGGGCUUUAGACACUGGAGUCUCCAACAGGUUUCGAAAUUAACUGGUGCAUGAGCUAACAAUAAUGUGCCAACACUCAACACUAUGCGAGUCCACUCUUGCAAUUAUUUUUGUCACACUCACACUUAAAAAACUGACAGAAAGUUGCUGUUAUGGGCUCCAUUGCUAUGCAGAGGUGCAAUUGUUGUGAACUGCAUCUUCUUGAUUUUAUUAGAAUCUUUCUCAAUUAAUGUACAUUCAGUCAAUUGUUAGAUGUGAAAAUGUGAUCAAGAUUUGAGUAAUAUUUUGUCCGUUGUGAUAGAUGUGAAUUUGCAGGAAAAUUUACAAUCAAGCCCUCAGAAUUAUACCAAAAUAGCACAGGGCACGUAACCCUUUACACCCUAACAUGGGUAUUCAUAUUCUCCAUACAGUUCUCUGUACAUUUAGAAGGUGCCGACAAGGAGAAUUUGUCUGACAAUCACAAGUCUCUUUAAUUGGUGAUCAUUUCCUUUAUUCUCAUGACAUUUAUAGGUGAUUCAGUGGUGAUAUUGUAAAGAGAAAUUAGAUGUUAGUCACUCUUGGGGUUUAAAGGGUUAACACAAGUGCACUGGACCCUGGUCAAGAAUUCUGGGUUUGAGACCUGGCUCAGUCAUUGCAUUUUGUUCUUGGGUAAAACUUUACUCUCCUAGUGCUUCUCUCCACCUAGGAGUACAAACUCAUACCAUCAAACUGUGAGGGAAAGUUUGGGAAAAUGUUGGGAGGUAACCUGCACCAUCUUUACCUCAACACGGAUCACCCAUAUUUGCACUAUCAUUUUAUGGUUUAAAGAACAAAUCGAUUUUAAACUAAUCCAACUUGGAUUUUUGAAUCCUGAAGGGCAAACAUACUUCUCAAACUCUGCUCACAGAUUUUGUGAUUCUUGUCAUAUUUUUAGAUUUAAGACACAGAAAACCCUCCUGAUUCAAGAGUCCUCUUAUUCUAAGCAACUUCUUUUCUGUUUUACUUUUCCAUCAGAUAUGUUUGCGGUUGAUCCUGGUAUCUGGCAAGACACAUGAAUUUUUAUUUUCACCCAGUGACACAGCAUAUUAUAUAACACAACACGUCUAUGAAAACUGGCCUGAAGGUUUGUUGUUGUUUGUAGGUCCUAAUACUUCAUUUGCAUUCUGUCUAAGGAAAAAGCCUCCAGCCAUAGCUUCUUUAAAUUUUUGCUACCAGUGGGGUUUUUUUUUCAAUUGUCAGAGCCUUUUCUCUAUUAGGAUGUGGAAACUCUAACUGAAAAAGAACACUAGGUUGUUUAGAGGCAUCUUUUUGCACAAACUAUUUAUUUACAUGUUUGUAAACUUUUCGAGUCAUGCAACAAGUGUAGAUUCAAGUAGAAACUACAACAAAUAGUAUUUAUGGUGAUGACUGCUUGAUAGAUAUAUUAGAAUUCUAAUAAUUUACUUGUGCUUGUCGGAUUUCAAUUUUUCUAUUAGUUGAAAAUUCAGACUGUUCCCAUACCAGUAUUUGUUCUUAAUAUGUAUUAAGUUUGUAUACAGAAAAUAUUAGUGAAAUCCAAUGUACCUUAUAUAACUGAUUUGAGGUACAACAUGAAAAAAGAACACCAUGAAUAUUAAGAAAAAUGAUCAGAGUUUGUAUAUCGAGUAGAGUCAAGAACCAAUGUUCAUAAUUUCUUUGAUUUUGUAAGGUUGGAAAGACGAAGCGGUCAGUUCCCAUAAUAUUCUUAAACUUAUUUAUCAUGGACGGUUUUUACACGGAAAUGUGUCUUUAGGAGGUAGGUUUUUGGACUCUUUUUAAAUGGUUACAGUACUGCAAAUAGGAAAUAAUCUGAAGAAGUAAGGAAAAGAGAUGUUGCUAUCUAUAUUACAUAGGAGUUGAAGAGCAUGGAUUGAAGCUAUGCUAAAUACAAAGUUUGUGCAACUCAUUCCCCUCUUUAGAGUACCUACUUAGGUAGAUUGUUGCAUAUGGCCACUUUAGUAAGAAGAAGAAAACUAUGACUUUGUACCUAUUUUGUACCUUAUUUGGAGGAAAAUUGAUAAAUUUAUAAGGGGUUUUUUUAUCAAUGAUAAAUUCAGUAAAGCAGAACAAAAGUUAAACCAAACAAAAGGACAUUUAAAAUAUGCGUAAAAAACAUCUCUUUAUUCAUUGAAACUUUGUUUUGCAUCACUGCUUUAGAAUCAUUGUUGGUACCAACCACUUUUUCAUUUAAAAGUUAUUUUUCUCCAAAAUGAAGCAUGAAACGACAAAACAAACCAUAGGAUAUCUUUGUUUUAAAUUGACGUCCACGUGCAGAGAUUUCCAUCAUUUAUUUUAUGGAAAAAGAUGUGAAGUUAUGUAACUUUCUGCACAAAAGUAUCUGUGUUAUGAUUUGAGAUUUGUUAAGUGGAUUAAAAACAUGAGUAGAUGAAGCUCAUAAAAAAUUGAAUUCAAAGUAAUUGGGCCAUACACAUUUCUCCCACUGAUUUUAUUUCAUGACAGCACUUAGCCUUGAGCCCGGAAAGCGCAGCGUGAUGCACCUUGUCGCAAGGGAAAACUUACCUGAACCUGCUACACAAGGUAACUCCAUCCUCAAUUUUAGUGGUAAUUUAAGUAACAUCAGUCACGAGAAGUUUGGGGGAAAUAAAACGUUUUCAGAGUCCUUUAUGUUGAAGACAAAAUUUAUUAACAGAACUCCAAAGUCAUUCUACCGGGUUUAUUAAUGUUGUGCAGUCUUUCUGUCAAAAGGAUACUUGGAGUCUAUAGUACAACAUGUGGGCAAUGGAACAAACAUAAAUUUAAGUCAAACAGCGUUAUCAUUAGAAGGCCUGUAGGCGGUGGAAACCAGCCAGCCCUCAUACCAUUUUGUACUGUCUAUUUUGUGAAUUGUGAUCAAAGACAGGAAAAAAUUUUGUUUUGAACUGAUUCUAACAUGAAUGUCUGGCUAAAACAUUUACUCAAAUAUGUCCCAGAAUGCUGGAAAUCACAUCUGAAGUGUUUCAAUUUCAAAUUUUUUAAGGGGAGCAUGCCCUUGGUCUCUCUCUGCAACAUGUCAUGCUUGUUAACGCAAGCAUAAUUUAAUUCAGCCAUCCCCCUCAGUUCAGAUCAUACAUGCGUUACAUUUUCAAAUGACAACCCUGAGUCAAAGAUAAGAAGAGUGGAAUCGUUUUUUGAGAAGAAAAUUGCUUUCAAUAGGAAAUAUUCAAAUAGCAGUUGAUUAGUAUUAAAAAUAAGUUCAAAGAGGUAACAGUUGGUCAAAAAUAAGAAUGGUGAAAGUGAGAGAAGAAGAACAUACUUUUCAAUGAUGAACUGAAAAAAUUAGACUGAAUAAAUAUCUUACUGUCCUUUACACUUUCACUCCUAAGAUCUAAUUAUUAAUCAUCUCCAAUGUUUUCCAAACAUUUCCUUUAAUUUUCACUCUAAGAGUUUGGGUUUUAAAUCAUAUAACAUCUAGUAAUUUAUGUGGGUGUGUGUGCGUGACCUUUUUGUCAAAAAAUUAAUAUUUCCAGUCACUCUUGGAAAUAACAGAGUGGUCACUCAUUAUAAGCACAGGAGUUUUUUCAUGUAUUUACACAGGCAAACAUAUCAAUAGAGUUUCAAUUGAUGCAUAGAUGGGGUAGCAAUAGUUUAUAGUUAGUUUUUUAGUUACUCCUCUUGGUGCAUCUUUGUCCAGAGAAUGCCAUUGAUAUCUGUCAGAUGCCAUUUCGACAAGAUGCCCCCAUGUCCAUCUGGUGUCUCUCAUUUCCCUUCCUCCAGUUCUCCUCCAGGUUUCCUCUCUUUUGUAAGCUUUUGGAGAAUGAUUUAUAUGCCAAUACUUUUAUUGUUUCAUUUCCUUUACUAGACUUUGACAUAACUUUUAUCUCUUCAACAGGUCAAAGAAAUCGUGAGAAAACAAGUGAACAAAGCUGUUGUUGUACAAUUGUUUGACUUUUAGUUUUACUGUUUAGAUGCUGAAGAGGUGAUCUACUCCAUAUGUUCACUUCAAUAGACUUGCCAUUAAAAUUUUUUAGAGUGUAACUCGACCAUAAUUUAGAUAAUCAGUGUGUACAUGCAUGUAAUUAUAUUUGUGAUUUAAGAAAAAAACUCAAAACACUUUUAUGAGCAAUUUCAAUAUAGUGUCAAAAGUCAUCUUGGAUUGUAUUAGGUCUGCCUCACUUUACUCUGUGACCAUCCUAAAAACUCUUGUUACUCUUUUAACAAUCCUAAUUCAAAAUUAUAAAUAAUAGCCCCUUGAUUGCCUAAGUUUUCCUGUAUUUCUGGCUCAGUUGUUCAAAGGGCAGAUAACGUUAUUCAACAGAUAAAUUUCUUUCCAGUGAUUGAAUAUGUGUUGACAAAACACACCGCACAAUACACCAGGUACAGAUAUAUCCAAUGGAUAGGGUUAUUCACCUUUCCAACAAUGAAGGCCUGGUAGUCUGCUUCAAGUUCUCAUUGGCCACUUAUGAUUUUCUUAUUUGUCCCCAUCAGUCAUUGCAAUUUUGUAGCUUUGGCUUUUGGGACACUGGAUCAAAAAGUGCUCAAUUAGUUAAUUUAAAUAGGUCAAAUGAGAGAAGUCAUCAAAGGCAUGAGUAAUAGUUGUGUUAGUUAUGGAAGAUAUUUUCUUCCUUUUUUACCAUAAUUUAUUAUGAUCAAUGAUCACUCAUAAGCUAAGAAAUAAUGGUUUUUUUAGUAAAUAUUUUUUUUAAUUUCAUGUUCUGGUCAACACAUUGCUCUAAUUGUCAUUUAAAGUAAACUCUUUAGAUUUUCACUUGUUAUAAUCUGUUUUUCAAUUGUAAGUCACUACUAUAUUGGCAUAUACAUCUUUUGCUGCUGUGACAUGUCUCAAUCCCUUGUGACAAGUCAUGUUUUUCUCGGCAAGAGUCUCAAUUAGGCCUCAUCUAUGUUAUGUUGGAAAAUGGAAUAGUAAUUCUAUUUCCAAGGUCAGGCCAGCUGUCAUCUGCUCACCAAAAGCAGAACACUCUUCAAAGCAAAUAAAUUUGGAAACAGGAGACAACAUUUUCCAAGCUCUUCAAGAAGAAACACUUGCCUGCAAAACCAAGAAUGCAGGCAAGUGUUUCUUUUGGUAGUUUUUAUUGCAUUUUCAAUAAAGCAAACUUGCUUCUCCUUGAAGAGGUAUAGUGUUGCUUUCAAAUUUACCUAAGGCUGAGCAAACAUCACUCAUAUUAAUAUAAUUUCAAAGCUUUCUUCAUUGCAGCAAAAGUACUGCAUAAGAAAUCAAUUUUUAUGCAUAUAGAUCAAGAAAUUCUCAAAGGUUAAAAAAAUGUGCUCUACAAAUGUACUGAUUUUUCUAACUUCUGCCAGAGACAAGAUGCAUUCAACAAUGUUAAAAGGGUGUGCCCAAAAUUUAUGGUGAGAGGUGAUGGUUGGGUACUUAUAGGCAACACCAUGUUAACCAUUUUUGCUGUUGUGAUUCUUGUCACAUAUAGCAAUUUUUAAGCUCAACAAACCCACUAUACUCUGCCAUUAGGCAUCUUUUACCUAAUAACUUUACACGGAGUUGUAAUUGCCAUGUGGCACUUAAAGACACGAGAAGUUUUAGGAGCAAUGCAAAUGUGUAAAUCAUACUCGAGAGAUAUAGCAUGACUUUUUACUUAUCAAAAUGUUGUUAGGAUCAAAUUUCUCUUUCAAGAGUAUUUCAUAAUGUCAUUUAAUAGCUUCCACUAUGCCUUAUUUUUUACAUUGGUGUCACUGAAAAAGGCAAUCCAAUGAGUUGACUUAACAUUUUGAUCAAUUUACAUUACUUCCAUUAUUUUAUGUUAAAGAGGGACACUGUUAGAAAUUUUUAUGUUAAGUUUGCCAUCUUCUGAAUUUAAAGAGAUGUUAAUUCAAAUUGUUCCUUGGUAUAGCAGAAGCUAAAGUAUGCUUUAGAUACCAUGUUGGGAUUUUGGUGCUGUUCAUUACGAUCACAACCAUUUCUACCACUAAGAGACUUCUACAUUUUUUCAUUAUUAUUUCUUAGUUGCUUAACCACUGCAGUUUCAGUGAAGGUUUGAUUUUAAUUAGCUAUGUGCAAGGAAUUUCAGAACCCUCUGUAUUAUUCCCCUUUUCAGAUUUUCUUGUCACCUUUGAACUCCCAGAGGUAAUUACUAAGUUGAAAUAUACUUAAGAUAUGUUUUCAAACAAAAUGGAGCUUGGUAAUAUUCUAUUCAAGGUCUCAGAACUAGCUAACAAAAAAAAAGUGUUAUUUUCAGUUGGGAUAAUCUGUAGGGUAUAUCAGGUAAAAGUGUGCUUUCAUUCUUGGUGACUGU